AUUACCUAACAGCACAUCCAACCUCUUUUCGAUUACCUGCCACGAUGCUUAGAGUUAUUGACUGCAGCACGGGCGGACGCUAGUUUUCUGCUAUCAACUCGAGGAGCCGCUCUGUCUGUGAACCCCGAGUGUCCUGCGGCGGUGGCGGCGAGGAGUCGCUGCGCGGCCACGCCUCUGCUCUCGCGCAUGCGCAGAAGGACCAGCGCCGCGAAGGCUGGCGCGCGCCGCGACGGCGCCGUCAUUGCUAGCUGCGAAGCCGGCGAGACAGGUCAUAGCUGCGGCUGCUGCCAUGGUGCCACCAGCAUUCGAGGACGCCGGCAAACAGGCCGGCAUCGCCGUAUGGAGAAUCGAGAAUUUUGAACCAGUUGCCUAUCCUAAGAAAGACUAUGGAAAGUUUCACACUGGGGACUCCUACAUAGUCCUGAAUACAGUGGAGAGAAAGGGUACAUACAACUGGGAUAUCCAUUUCUGGCUUGGAAAAGAAACUUCACAGGAUGAGGCUGGCGCAGCUGCUAUCCUAUCAGUAGAACUAGAUGAUCAUCUUGGAGGGUCUCCUGUCCAACACCGUGAAGUGCAGGAUCAUGAAUCUCAGCUUUUCUUGUCCUACUUCAGAGCUGGUGUGAGGUAUCUCCCUGGAGGGGUGGCAAGUGGCUUCCACCAUGUGGAUCCUGAUGCUGUGGAGAAGAGGCUCUUCCAAGUUAAAGGCAAACGAAACAUCAGAGUGAGACAGGUUGAUGUCAACAUUUCUUCAAUGAACAAAGGUGACUGUUUUAUACUGGAUGCAGGGAAAACCAUAUAUGUUUAUAUGGGUGCCACUAGCAAAAGAACUGAAAAACUGAAGGCAAUUAGUGCAGCAAACCAAAUCAGGGAUCAAGAUCAUGCUGGAAGGGCUAAAGUUAUUGUUAUUGAUGAGUACAGUAAUGACGUUGAAGUGAUAAAAUUUUUUGAAGAAUUGGGUUCUGGAUCUCCAACUGAAGUACCAGAUGAAGAUGAAGGUGGGGAUGAUGUAAACUUUGAGAAAACCCAGGAGGCAGUUGUGACUCUAUAUAGGGUUAGUGACGCAGGGGGUGAGAUGGUGGUUGAAAAAGUUGGAGAGAAACCACUUCAUCAAGACAUGCUGCAAUCAAAUGACUGCUUUAUUUUGGAUACAGUGACAUCAGGAAUAUAUGUCUGGAUUGGCCGACGUUGUACAAAGGAUGAAAAAGUGGAAGCAAUGAAAAGAGCUCAGUCAUUUUUGUCAACAAAUAACUAUCCUGUGUGGACAAAGGUUCAACGAAUAGUAGAAGGUGGAGAACCAUCAACAUUCAAACAAUAUUUCAGUGGCUGGAGAGAGGCAGGUGAUCAAAUUGGUCUAGGAAGGAUCUACACAGUGGAGCAAAUUGCAGCAAGCAUGCCUGAGCCAGACUUUGAUCCCAGCUCUCUACAUGCCGAAAAAAUAAGACUUCUAGCUAAGAAUGCUGGCAGAGCCUUUGGUUUUAUGCCUGAUGAUGGAUCAGGAAAAGUAGAAGUAUAUCGAAUUGAAGAUUUUGAAUUAGUGCCAAUUGAUCCUGCUACAUAUGGAAUGUUCUUUGGUGGUGACUCUUACGUGAUAAAGUAUACAUAUGAAAAAGACAGACGAGAAAGCUACAUAAUCUACUUCUGGCAGGGCAAAGAUAGCUCUCAAGAUGAAAGAGCAGCUUCUGCAAUUCAUGCUGUAAGACUUGAUGAUGAAGUUGGUGGAAAAGCUGUUCAAGUGAGAGUUACACAGGGCAAUGAACCAAGGCAUUUCUUAAGAAUAUUUAAAGGUAAAAUGAUCAUCUUCAUGGGUGGAAAAGCUAGUGGUUUCAAAAAUUUGCGUGAUCAUGACACUUACGAUACUGAUGGAACAAGACUCUUCCAGGUUCGUGGUACCUGUCCAGAUGAUGUAAGGGCUGUACAAGUUCCUGAAGUAGCAUCUUCUCUACAGUCAGAUGAUGUGUUUGUGCUGGAAAUACCUGGAAAAACCUUUGUGUGGCUUGGAAAGCUUUCAAAUGAUGAGGAAAAAGAAUUUGGAGCACAUGCAAGUGCCCUUGUUUCACCAGAUGUUACUGUAACUACUAUAAAUGAAGGAGAUGAGCCAGAUGAAUUCUGGGGAGCUCUGGGAGGCAAGGGAGAUUAUCUAUCAGAAUUUGAUGCUCAAGGAAUUCCUCUUCUUGGACCCAGACUUUUCCAUUGCAGGAUUACAAUUACUGGUAGAUUCAGAGUUGAAGAGAUCCCUCAUUAUAAGCAGGAGGACUUGGAUGAAGAUGAUAUCAUGGUGCUGGACUCUGGAGAUGAAAUUUAUGUGUGGGUUGGUAGCAGAUCAACACAAGAAGAAAAGGAAAAGAGUCUCAAAAUGGCUGAGACCUACUUGAAGACGGAUCCCAGUGAUAGGCGCCGUGAUCGGAGUGUUAUCAUCACAGUCAAACAAGGAGAAGAACCUGUUAGCUUCACUGCAUUGUUCCCUGACUGGGACCCAACUAUGUGGGAGUCCUUGGUCAGCUAUGAGGAUGUCAAGAAUCAACUGGCAGAAUUUAAUUCAACAAUUGAGGACUGAACUAGUUCUUAAUAUUUCUGUCUCAAGAUAUGUUGCUUAUUAAAUGUAAAGAAAUAUUUAUCAUUAGAUUUUUUCAUUGAAGGCUUAUGUUUUAAAUGUUAGUUACUUGCUGACAUGUGUACGCAAAAGUAGGUUGAUAUGCAUAAUUGUAGAACUUUUUAUUAAAUCUGUGAUACCUCACAUGGUUUCAUGUUUAUUCAAAGUGAAUGAAAUGGAGUACAGUGUCAUCGUUAAAUUUUUGCCAUCCUGUAGUGCAGAAUUGGUUUCAGAUGUGGAAACUCUUCUAAUUAAAAUUGUUAUAACUGCUAGCUUCCUAAAAUAUGAAGUUCCUUUCUCACAUAAGAACCAAAAAUAUAUAGAUAAAUUAUACUGACAAACUACAAUAUUUAUCAACAAAAUAUAAAAUAUAGUAGGCAUAUAAUCACUUUAUUUUUGCUUAAGAUAAUAGUUUUCAUUUAAUGAACAUAAAUGUCUGUAGUUCAAACAGGUGUCUCUCUAAGACUAUGGGGCCAGAUUUUUUUUUUUUUGGCGCUCAUCUUUGUGUGACUGUCUUUUUCACAGUGUAAAGAUGUAAUUCCUUUUUUUAUGAAAACUGAAAGAGGCUACUUGUCAGGCAUAUAUUAGUUGUAGUAGGACAUGUCUUAAAUGAAAUCUUGAUAAGAACCUUAAUGCCUGACAAAAGUAAAUACAUCAGAGUGCAUUGAUGACCUACAUAUUUGGAAGUAAAAUGUCAAUUGCAAUGGUGGUGGGCUGGCAUCUACUCUUCAAUCUGUUGUACAUAUCAGUAUGUGUGAAUCUCUGCAAACCAAUACGGUGUUGUUUUACUGUUGUCUACAGUGGAGAUACUCCUGUUGUAAGAACCCGAUGUACAAAGUACUGUAACUGAAGGAUAUUGCUGUUCUAUAAUUCUUCAAUGAACUUGUGUGCUUUUCAAAUAGGACUAUGUGCAGCUAAAAUCUGGUUUAUUUUAAUUUUGCUGUGAAUUUUCUGUUAUCUGUCCAAAAGUAUAGUACCACCAUUACGUAACCUAAACCAAAAUAAAAAUCAUUGAUAGAGUUUUGAAGGCUGAACAACAGUAUGAAGACAUCUCCUUGUGUGCAAGUGCACCACAUAUAUUAUUCUGUCAGUAUGUUUAGAUACAAAUGAUUACCUACAAUAAUUUGUUACUAUUUCAACUGUGUGAUAACAUAAUAUUUGUAGUAAUCUCCAAGAAAAUUGUGUAUAAUGACUGUGGAAAUAAUAAAAUGGUUAAACAAUGAAAGCAGUUUAUCUUUAAACUUACUUUCACUACAUAAUUCAGGUUUUCUCUUUCUCUCUGAGGAGAAGUUGUUUUAAGCUUCAUUUCUUAUUUGAUCAUUUAGAGGCAGUGGAUUACAUUAACCAUAUUAGAUAGAUUCACUGGAGGGUGAGCAGAGAUGUAGAACGAAGUAAAAAAACUAUUGAAUUGCAAUGCACUGAGAUGAUAAAAUAUUGUUAUAUAACUAUGCUAAUUGUAAUUAUAAAUUAACCUGAAAAGCAUUAAAUGUAAUUGUCUCUUUGAUGAUACUUUCCAGUUGAGGAGGAUGAUUUGCCCAACAGAAGGUUCAUUCAGUCUUUCACUUCACUGUAUGAUUUAAGACAUUAAACAUCCUGUGGUAGAUUGUUGAAUAGAUGAAUUGCCAUGUGUCAGACUCCUUUCUGUACUAAUGUUGAGCUUGGAGUCUUUAGAGUGGGUGUUUUUGGUCAUGGUGUUACAUUCGUGCAUUUUAUAUUUUUUUGUAAAUAGAGAAAUAUUGGAAGUGAUAAAGCACAUUAAUGAGGAUAUAUGUAUUGUAAAGUACUUGCCAAAAUUCCCAGUUUUAUGAAGAGUUAAAGAUUAACACCAGAUAUAUUUUUUAUGAUUCACUAAUGUAUUCUGAAAAUACUAUCCCUGUAAACUUGAAUUUCCCCAGAAAGUGAUUUCAUAAUUCAUUAGUGCUUUAUUUUUAAAUCAUCUAAAGCAGUAAUGUGUGCUGUAAACAUAGCUGACAAAGACAUUUAAUUAAUAUUAGGCAUUGUGUUUUCCAAUUGAGAUUGUAAUCUAUCUGCAAUCAUAAAAACACUUACUUUUAUAACUUAUGGAGUUCUGUGAGAAAUUCUAAGCUAUAUGUACUUAUGUCUUGUCAAAAUAUGAAGCAGAGUAUUUGCAUUGAA